GGGAAGAGACUAUGAGUCUCUUAUUACUUUGGUUGACUUGUUUCCUGAGCGUUUCACGUUUGAGAAAUUGCGCACUCACCUCAUAGAGAAGGAGCUGACCCUUCAAUAUAUGCGUGCUUUGGAAGACUCCACUCAAGCUUAGGCCUUUGCUGGCGAAGUUCAGGCCGCAGGACCACCUCCUUCUGGAGGGCAGCAACAACACUAUGGCAGGCAGCAGCCACAUGGCGGCAGAGGGCAGCGCGGUAGAGGAGGCCGCGGGCAGCGCGGCCGAGGUGGCCGAGGCGGUCGGGGCAGAGGGGCCGUGGCUAUGGCCCACAUCUGGCGGGUUACGGCUUCGGCUAUGGCUAUCCGCCCCCCGGCUAUUUUCUAGGGGUGCACCACAUGCUGGCAUUCUUAGGGCUCCAGGCUCAGCGGGUAUGUCUGUUUAGUCAAAUUUUUAUACUUAUGCUUUAUCUGCUUCUUGUGCUAAUCGUGGUUAUGCAGGCUCCUCUUCAGUUGAAGGAUAUUUAGUCUCUCCCUCUGUUGUCUGUCAGAUUUGUUAUGCUCCAGGUAACCCUGCUUCUACCUAUCCGUCUCGCUUUGUUCAGCCGGCUGCACCUGCUCUUGCUGCUCAUGCUCCUGAGCAUUUUGACAUCAUUUGAUAUCCUGACUCAGGAUCUAACAACGGGGGCGGUUCUGCUUCGGGCUCACAGUGAUAACGGUGUCUAUCCUGUUCGUCAGCCUGUGCCUUCACCCAUUGCUUUAUCCGCUGCUUCCGUUUCUUUAUGGCAUAAUGGAUUAGGACAAUGUGGUACUCGUGUUUUAGAUCAACUUCGAAUUAAUAAUUCUAUUUCUGGCACUGCUAGUUCAGUUUCUGAUUGUAUUCCUUGUCAUUUAGGCAAAUCUCAACGUUUACCUUUUAAUAAAGUUUUUCAUAAUAGUCCC